AUGAACAACGUCAGCAUUCGUUCGGAUAAAAAGGAAGACAAGAUCACCAACUGGGUCGAUCCCAAGGACAAAUCCGGAGAAUUCAAGCGUCAAGUUUCGCAAUUCCGCAGUCAAAUCUCUAGCGAGCCCGGUGCAGAGUUCCCGGCAGAGAAGGAUCGUUAUCAUCUUUAUGUGUCAUACGCAUGUCCGUGGGCUCACCGAACUCUGAUCGUGCGAAAGCUCAAGGGUCUGGAAGAAUUCAUUCCGUUCACCUCAGUCCACUGGCAUAUGGGUGAGAAAGGCUGGCGUUUCUCAACCUCCUCCGACAACGAACCGGGCGAGAAUGUCACUGCCGACCCUCUACACCCAGACUUCACUCAUCUUCGGGACGUCUACUUUUCUGUCGAGCCGGAAUAUAGCGGACGCUUCACGGUUCCCACGCUCUAUGACAAGAAGCAGAAGAAGAUCGUCAGUAACGAGUCCAGCGAGAUCAUCCGCAUGUUCUAUACUGCCUUCGACCAUCUUUUGCCCGAGCAAUACAAGAAGGUUGAUCUACUUCCAGAGAACCUGAAACAGCAGAUUGAUGAGACAAAUGAAUGGACAUACAACGAAAUCAACAACGGAGUGUACAAGAGUGGCUUCGCAACUACCCAAGAGGCGUAUGAGAAGAACGUGACCACACUUUUCAAGUCACUCGAUCGCGCCGAAGAACAUUUGGCCAAGAACGCAAACCCAUUCUAUUUUGGCGACAAGAUCACUGAGAUCGACGUGAGACUCUACACAACCAUCAUUCGCUUCGACCCAGUCUACGUCCAGCACUUCAAGUGCAACAUCCGCGACAUUCGCAGUGGAUACCCAGCACUCCACAAGUGGCUCCGCAACCUCUAUUGGAACUCCGCUGCUUUCGGCGAGACCACUGAGUUCACUCACAUCAAGAAGCACUAUACCAAGUCGCACCCACAAAUCAACCCGUUCGGAAUCACCCCUGUCGGUCCCGUGCCGGAUAUCCUGCCAGUGGAGGAGGAAGUUGUGGCUGCGAGGAAGUAG